UCAAAGUUCCGCAGAUUCCGUUCAUUGAAAAGAUGUUCAAGUACGUGGUAAUCGCAGCGAUCGUCGCUGCCGUUUCGGCCGCGCCCGCGACCCAGGAUCAGCCCUCGAUCCUCGAGGAUGCUUUGGACAUUUACUCCUCCUGUUCCGGGGAAGAGGAUAUCACGGUGUGUCUGAAGCUGAAGGCGCUGCGUUUCGUGGACAGAGCGGCCCGGUCGGCGGACAUCGAGGUCGUCGACGGGUUCAAGAUCGUGCAGACCGAGGAAGCUAAGAACAGCCGCGCUGAUAACGGGAGGUCUUUGAACGACAUCGAGAGCACCUUGCCAGCCGAGGUCGAAGCCAAGGAGGCUGCGAUCGACAACGCCAUUCUGGACAGAGCCGGAAAGUUCCUCUCCACCCACACCGUCGAGCUGAGCCUGCCUGAAGAAGUGUCUCGCUCCUUUGACGAAGCACGAGGAAAGAAGAAGAAGAUCGUCAAGUCCCUGUUGCCGAUCCUGCUGCUCCUGAAGCUGAAGGCUGCGGCCCUCAUCCCCAUCGCCCUCGGUGCCCUGGCCCUCCUCGCGUUGAAGGCUCUCGUGAUCGGCAAGAUCGCCCUGGUUAUCAGCGCCAUCAUCGGUCUUCAGAAGCUCCUGGCGAACAAGCACCAGAGUUACGAAGUGGUAGCUCACCCCGUCCACUCGUACGGCCACGAGGAGCACCAUGACCACCACGGCUGGGCGAGAUCGGCCUCCGAUCUGGCGUACAACGCGUACAAACCAUCCGAGUAGAUCUCGGCAGUGUCACCUCUUCAACAUUCUACCUUCGUUCGCCAAAGUGAUCGUUCAGCCGGUGGCGAUCACCGAGGGCUGCGCGACUCGACUGGACCGACGUUUCGAACUUUACGUGACUAGUGACCCUACGUGACGAACCGUGACGAUAGUUUAACAGUGAGGCUUAGGGACCAUUUAUACCAUUUACGGUGCAACUGAUUGCCUCAGGGAACCUGGGUCGAUGUGGACGUGUUCGCCAUAUGCAGAUGUCCAUCGGGUAUAAAUGGACCUUAAUGUGACCGCGGGACAGAAUGGACUAUGACUGUGAAUGGUGGUAGUCGCGCAACCUUGAGCAACCGGUGCGGUAACCGUUCGAUCGAACGAUCUCCCGGCUCUAACCAUAGACGGUCAAAUAUAGACAUUAAAGAGAGUAAAAAUUGUCUCCCAAAGGAGACUGAAUUCCACGCUGA